AUGCUCCAGAAGUGGAGCGCCAAGUACAUGAAGCACCGGAUGCCCGGGAUCAACCGGCGCGCAUCGUUCCGCUGGGCAACUCGUUUCCGUGCGCGCUGGCAUCUGGCGAGGUGGGUGAAGACGAAGAUGGGACAGAAGUUAGCAGCGGUCCAUGACGACGUCAACGACCUGGUUGACGACGAGCUCGUCGUCAACCCCUUCUACGCCGAAGUCCCCAUGCCGGCCAAGGAGCUGCAGGCGGCGGCACAUGAGGCUGACGCCGCUGAGGAGGACGCGGAAGCGGCGGCGGCAAAGGAGGAGGGGGGCGUGCUUGAGGAAGGCGGGGAGGCAAUUGAGCCCAGCGAUGAUGAAUGGUGGCGCCCUGGCCGCUUUGAUGGGGAAAAUUAUGAAGAAUGGCAUGCAGAAGACGAUUCUGCGUAG